GCAGCCUGCAAGACAAUUCCAGGCGGGAAGGAUUACAAUGCAAAUGGGAAGCUAGCAGUUGCAACAUUUGACAGAUGUCUGCAAGUCAUUGUUCUUUCAUUGGUAUCAAUUUAUAUUUUGAUAUCAACGUUCUAUAUACCAUUUGUUUUGUUUAGAUAGCUAAACUGUUAAUUGAGAACAGAUGUUGCUAUACAUUUCCAGAUAACAUUAUGGAUAUUUACUUCAAAAUCAACAAUUUUACAUCAAACAUUAUAAUGGGGUCGUUUCUGCAAUGAAUGGAAAUGAAGAAGAAACGGACACAAAUACUUUCCUCUCCCAAAAUAUUUUACCAGAUUGAUUGAAAUGAAUUAAGAAAAAUUUGGAGACUUGGCGACAUAAGAACUGACCACACUGUUUCAAGUGAUAAAUCAGUGAUGGAGAAAAACACCACAGGUCACCUCGAGCCAACUCCUGCAUUAUAUGGACUAAUAAUGAAUUUCACCAACGAUACCUAUGUGACAGAAUCUUCAGAGCUGGAGGAAAAUGAAGACAGUCUAGCUUAUCAAACCAGUUUGGCAGUGAUUCUCUUCGUUUUCACACUCGCCACUACUUUAUCCAACGCAUUUGUCAUUGCAACGAUUUAUCAAUCGAAAAAACUGCACACUCCAGCAAACUUUCUUAUAGCGUCUCUAGCUGUCACCGACCUCUUGGUGUCCAUUUUGGUGAUGCCAAUAUGCGUCUUGUACACGGUGAGUCACACCUGGACUUUGGGACAAGUUAUAUGUGACAUUUGGUUAUCCUCAGAUAUAACAUGUUGCACUGCUUCUAUCCUUCACUUAUGCGUAAUCGCUUUGGAUCGAUACUGGGCAAUAACAGACGCCGUUGAGUACUCCAAAAAGCGCACGCCAGCGCGCGCGGCGGGGAUGAUCGCGACUGCCUGGGUCAUCGCAAUCUGCAUCUCCCUGCCUCCGCUAUUCUGGCGCCAGGUGAAGGCAGAGGAGUUGACUGAAUGUAAUGUCAACACGGACCAUAUUUUCUACACUAUUUACUCCACGUUUGGAGCAUUCUACAUCCCCACUUUGCUGCUUAUCGUGCUUUAUGGAAGAAUAUACGUGGAAGCCCGUAAGAUCAUUUUGAAACAGUCACCCAAAAAGGUAGGGAAAAGACUUACUUCAGCGCGCCUGGUCACGAACUCCCCUGGAUCUGUGGCAUCGACAUCACCUUUGCAGUGUGGAAGACAUGAUACCCACUCCGGUGACACGGGUUCCUUGGCAAGUGAGAACCAAGUGAAAGUAACCGUGUCUGACGCACUUUUGGAGAAAAAAAGAAUCUCAGCCGCUAGGGAAAGGAAAGCGACCAAAACAUUGGGAAUAAUAUUAGGAGCAUACAUUAUAUGCUGGUUACCCUUUUUCAUAUACACCCUGGUGGUGGCCACCUGUGAAACUUGUUUUUACCCCGAGUUGUUUGACUUUUUCACUUGGCUUGGUUAUCUCAACUCGUUAAUCAAUCCAAUUAUAUAUACCAUGUCCAAUGAUGACUUUAAAAAAGCUUUCCAUAAACUCUUGCGCUUCAGAUGUUGCAGAUCCUGAAAAGAUGUCUUCUGUGCCCUAUUUUGUUUGAAUUAUUGUUCUAUAGAGUACAAAACUAUUAUUGAACACCUUUAUCAUACCAGUAUCUCUGCACAUUGUAAAUAUGGUACCGGAACUGACCCUGUAUAUAGCUCACUUACUUCUCGGGCUCUUCUUAUUUCCUAUUUCUAUGUCUGGGGUGUUUUUGUUCUACCUUAUGUUAUUUUAGGUAGUACAUUGAUAUUGAUACAUGCAUUGUUGGGUUUAAAGCUUGCGAUAAGCGUUUGCAUAAUGACGAGCUUUUGGGGACCUACAUUUUACGAAGUCGCCAACGUUGCGCAAUCCUCAAAAUCAGGUUUAAUAUGUAAUACUGCUAUACUUGAUCCAAUUAUAAUAAAUUGUGAAUACAACUGAACAAAAUCACAGUUGGAAAAUUCUGAUUUGUUGUUUGUGUUUUAUAAGGGCUCCAAUUUGGGGGAUAUGUUGGCGCGCGGCGCAUUGCGCGUUAUUCCCAGGGUGACUGACCCUAAUGCAUUUCAUAUCCGCUGCACCAUUAGUAGGCCGUAGAGCUCUCCAAACCAGACUGGACUAAAAGCAUUAUUUCUAUACAUUGGCUAGCUAUGACAUUGUGUUUUUUUGUUUUUGUAUUGCAUACACAUGUGUGUACAUAGGCCGAAUUAUCAUUUCGUUUUCUUUAUAAAACUGUCACAUGGAAAUAAGGGAUGCUACUGUAUUUAUUCUAUCAGGAUAAGUGAUGGAAAGGAUUAUGAUACGAUCAAACUGUAUUGGUUGACUAUUGGUUCACUAUUAGCAUGUUAAAGAUCAGUUGUUCCCAAACACAUACCCCCUCUAGCACUAGGGUCAGCUCACUCUCAAAUGUAGUUUUUUGCCAUAAUUGUAAACCUGCCACAGACACACAACGCGAUACAUUUAUUAGACAUAAGAAUGAGUGUGAGUUUUUGUUACAGCCGGCUCGUGGGAAGUGACAAAGAGCUCUUAUAGGACCA